AUGGCUGAGAUGAUGUCUCUGCUCAGGGGUUCGAACCGCGCUGCCUCGAGCUCUACUCCGCCCCCUGCAUACGGGUCAACUAUUGACCCUGCCUCCUGGGUCUCGCUGACUCAAAUGCAAGAAAGCACCACUGUGACCGCCCCCAUGCCAAUGAUCCAACCAGUGCCCAUUCCUCCCCCAAUGCAUGUAUCAACAGUCCAACCAGUCAGUGACCCCUUGCCGCCACCGCCUGCCCCAACAGAUGUCCCUCUCCCACCGGCGGCGUUCUUAAUGUCAGACCCAGCUAUUGCCACUGUCAUUGUCACUGUUAAUGUCGAUCCCGCCUUCGGUCUACAUAGUCCCUCCACUAAGGAUCUUCCCGGUGUCGAGUGCCUUCACUCUUGCUCAACAUAUAGAGCCCUUUAUCUUCUAAACUUCACAACCAAAUACGAGCCUUCCAUACCAAGCCCCAUCACUCCUAAUAUGCCUUUCCCUCAAUCGGGCACAAUAACCCAUGUGGCCCCUACAGCUCCACCCACAAAUUUCCUUCCAGAGGGGGAAACUGAACAAGAGUGGAGGUUGAAGAAGAUAGAGGAGAUCGUGAAGGCCAUCCAAGCUGGCGACUACCGUCAUAGCACCAGUUAUUUGGACCUAAACCUCGUCCCAAGCAUGCCACUACCUCCGAAGAUCAAGGUUCCUGACUUCCAGAAGUAUGAUGGAAUUUCAGACCCGCUGCACCAUCUCCGACAUUAUCGGGGAAAGAUGUUCAGUACUGGGAAUAUGAGCAGUUCGUCGUUGCCACUUUCCAAGAAAGUCUAUCUAGACCAGCCCUGA